GUGCUGGGGGUACAGCAAUGAAUUAGACAAUAAGCUUGUUCUCUGGUAUGGGGACACAUACUAAAAAAAGAUGUGAUAAUGGAUCAUCAAGCGUCCACCAUCAAACCUCGAAGAAUCCAAAACCAAAAUGUCAUUCACCGCUUGGAACACCGACGGAUCAGCUCAGGCAAGGCAGGUACCCACUGGCAUCAGGUCCGAGUGUUCCACCAGAAUGUCUUCCCCAACUUUACAGUUGUCAAUGUUGAGAAGCCUCCUUGUUUCUUGCGUAAAUUCUCACCGGAUGGACGCUUCUUUAUUGCUUUUUCUUCAGACCAGACUUCUCUUGAGAUCUAUGAGUACCAGGGCUGCCAGGCAGCAGAGGACCUACUUCAGGGGUAUGAGGGGGAGAUCCUGUCCAACGGCAAUGACCAGCGGUCAGUCAAUAUCCGGGGCCGACUCUUUGAACGCUUUUUUGUCCUGCUGCACAUUACCAACGUAGCAGCCAAUGGCGAGCACCUGAACCGGGAGUGUAGCCUCUUCACAGAUGACUGCCGGUGUGUCAUUGUGGGCUCAGCUGCCUAUCUCCCGGAUGAGCCUCACCCUCCUUUCUAUGAAGUGUAUCGGAAUAGUGAAUCAGUGACCCCCAACCCACGGUCUCCUCUAGAGGAUUAUUCCCUCCAUAUCAUUGACCUUCACACUGGCCGCUUGUGUGACACUCGCACAUUCAAGUGUGAUAAAGUGGUCCUAUCACACAACCAGGGGCUGUACUUGUAUAAGAACAUCUUGGCCAUCUUGUCAGUGCAGCAGCAGACCAUCCAUGUCUUCCAGGUGACUCCCGAAGGCACCUUCAUUGAUGUGAGGACCAUUGGCCGCUUCUGCUAUGAGGAUGACCUGCUCACUGUGUCAGCUGUUUUCCCUGAGGUACAGCGGGACAGUCAGACAGGCAUGGCCAAUCCCUUUAGGGAUCCUUUCAUCAACUCCCUAAAACACCGGCUACUGGUGUACUUGUGGCGCCGGGCAGAACAGGAUGGUAGUACAAUGGCCAAGAGGCGCUUCUUCCAGUAUUUUGACCAACUGCGGCAGCUGCGCAUGUGGAAAAUGCAACUUCUGGAUGAAAACCAUCUGUUUAUCAAGUACACUAGUGAGGACGUUGUAACACUACGAGUCACAGAUCCAUCACAGGCAUCUUUUUUUGUUGUGUACAAUAUGGUGACAACAGAGGUGAUUGCUGUGUUUGAGAAUACGUCAGAUGAGCUUUUGGAACUCUUUGAGAACUUCUGUGACCUCUUCCGUAAUGCUACCCUGCACAGUGAAGUACAGUUCCCUUGCUCAGCUUCCAGCAACAAUUUUGCAAGGCAGAUCCAACGCCGAUUCAAAGACACUAUUAUCAAUGCCAAGUAUGGAGGGCACACGGAGGCAGUGCGCCGGCUACUGGGGCAGCUCCCUAUCAGUGCCCAGUCCUACAGUGGGAGCCCCUACCUUGAUUUGUCUCUCUUCAGCUAUGAUGACAAGUGGGUGUCAGUCAUGGAGCGGCCCAAGACUUGUGGAGAUCACCCUAUCAGGUUCUACGCCCGAGACUCUGGUCUGCUCAAGUUUGAGAUCCAGGCAGGCUUACUGGGCCGCCCCAUCAACCACACAGUGCGACGCCUUGUUGCCUUCACUUUUCACCCUUUUGAGCCUUUUGCCAUUUCUGUACAGAGGACUAAUGCUGAGUAUGUUGUCAACUUCCACAUGCGACACUGCUGCACAUAGGUGCUUCACCAAAGCCAGGUUAUUAUCUGGUCUUCCAAGACUUUGCCUCCCUCUUACUCAGUCAAUUCCAAAGCAAAAGCCUCUGACCACCAGCACUGUUCCUGUGAUUCCAGACUGGUAUGCCUCAAAUGAGACCGAGCAGAAGAGGUGUCAGGGUUAGGGGUGGGAGACGGAUCAGUGUAACUGAAUGGUUUUUUAUUGUAUACAAUCUAGUCACUGAUGGACUUCAAGUCCUCUUGCCUUUUCCCUGUGGGAAUGCCUAGCAUUAAUUAAGUUCAUUUAACUUUUGUUUUAUUUUGUGUUUUAUUGCUGUGAGAAGAGAGCAUUACACCUUACCCUUCCUAUCACUUCUUUGGCAUUGUGGUAUGCAGCCUAAAGCAGAUAGAUCUUGUUUACUCAUGAGAUCUAUAUACAUUCUUUCUACUUAGCCAACAAGCAGUGCCAUCUUUAAUAGCAAAAAAAGAAAAAUAAAACCUUGUUAUUUUCUUACUU